AUGAACCGCCCCUAUUCAGUUCUUGAACUCUUGGUUGCCUUUACUGACUUUCGAGGAAGUUGGUACAACAACGUUGGGACAGGAACCUCCUUUUUCUAUAACCAUGGCUUAAAAAAAUGGGCGUCACCAAAACCGACGUCGUUACAUUUCCAAUCCAACCCGGUAUUUAUUUAUAUAUUAAUUUCAAGGCCGUACCCGACAUUCCCUACUCAUUUACUCGUUAAACCGGAUUCUUUAAUCCUUUAUCAUCAGCACCCAACCCUCACAUCCGAGCUCUUUAACUAUUUACUGAGUUGUAAAUUUAUUAUUAGGAUUAGAAGAAGAAGAGGAAAGUUGUGGGUGGGGGAUAUGGCGAUAUCGGAUGCGGUGGUUGGGAAUUUGGUGAUGAUCUACGUGGCAGUGAUAGCGGGCAUAAAAGCUUAUGGUUUAAUAUGUGGGCGGAGCUUCGGUGGUGGGUUUGUGCUGAUUUUGUCGAGCACGGUGGUGGGUUUCAUCUUGAUUGGGACUCUGACGUGGGACGUCACACGUAAAGCUACGUAUGCGAUUUCCCGUGGUCAAGCCUCUUCCGUUCAAGUUCACGAGAUGUGUAAAGGUGGUAUUUGCUGGCACGGCGUGGCGGUUCGCUCCCCUGCUUCGCAGCUCCGGUUCAGACUCCCUCAACAAAUCCCUUACGGUUCUUUGUAAAAGGUAAAUAAAAAAGUUGAAAAAAAGCUGAACAAAAAAAUGGGACUUUUGAGUUUCGAAGCUGUAAGAUAAAGCGAUGGGGUGUUUGGUUUUUUUUUUUUUUUUAAUUGAAUUUUGGUUGAGAGGAAUAUAAUAGUGUAUAAAGUUAUAAAGUAACAAAUGAGAUGGAAGACGUGUUGUGAAUAAAUAAUUCUCCGUCACUAUUUUUUUUUUUUACCAACCAAAGUUUGUUUGAAAACAGAGGAGGAAGAAUUUUCAUAGUUUAAUUGCUUAGUUUGAUGACUUUGGUCGGCCUACCAACAAGAACAAAGCAUUUUUUCUAGGAAGAAGUCCUGGAUUCUCAAAAAGAUGAUUGCAGCUCGUUGUCGGAAGAUGUCAGAACUGAGGUUGGGUUGGCAUUUUUAUAUACUAUUUUUUUCAGGAAAAUAAGGAAUAAGAUUACUUUAUAAAAAACUGAUGUAUUUGUACUGAUGACUGAUGUUCAUAUAAAACAUGUGUGUUUAUUGGUUUGUCA